AGCUGUCAGAGCUCAGGGAGCUCAGGGUGAAGGUUGGCAUCUCCACAUCACACAGGAGUAGGUUGAUCUGCCCUGAUAAACAUGAGGAGCUUCCUACUCCUAGUCUUCCUUUCUGUGCUGCCUCUGCUCUUCUCAGCAGGACAUGAUGAGGUGCGACUGGUGAAGGGAGGGAGUCCCUGUGCUGGGACAGUAGAGGUGAAUCGUGGAGGACAGUGGGGAACAAUAAUGCAGUUUGGUUGGGACAUGAAUGACGCUACAGUGGUGUGUAGAGAGCUGGGCUGUGGGUCUGCUGUUGCCACUCCUGGUAGAGCUCACUUUGGAGAAGGUUCUGGGAUGGAACUAAUUUCUCUGGUUUCCUGCAAUGGAUCAGAGCCAAAACUGUCUCUGUGUCCUUCUCAAGAGGCCGCUCCUAUUUCAAAAUUUAUUCGACAUCCUCAUAUACUUGAUGCUGGAGUGACCUGUACAGAGCCUGCUGAUGUGAGGCUGGUGAAUGGAAGCAGCCCUUGUUCUGGGAGAGUGGAGGUGUUUCGCUGGGGCGAGUGGGGGACCGUUUAUCAGCGUAACUGGGACAUGAAUGAUGCCGCGGUGGUGUGUAGACAGCUGGGCUGUGGCUCUGCUGUAUCUGUACCAGGUGCAGCUCACUUUGGAGAAGGUUCUGGGCGGAUGGUUCUAGGUGAUGUUUCCUGCAGUGGGUCAGAGUCUGCGCUGAGGGAGUGUGGAUCACUGGAUGGCAGAGAGCAUGACUUACCGCACACACUGGAUGCUGCAGUCAUCUGCUCAGAUCAUGUGAGUCUUGUGGGUGGAGCUGAUCGCUGCUCUGGGUGGCUGGAGGUGAAGUUCAGUCAGUCCUGGGCCACAGUGUGUGAUGGUAACUUUGACUGGCAGGAUGCUGAGGUUGUCUGUAGGGAGCUAGACUGUGGGGCUCCUUCAGCUCUACACAAGGGGGCCCAGUCUGAUCAAGGAGAAGGUCCCAUCUGGUCUAAAGGCUUCCACUGUGAUGGAGAGGAGUUGUUUCUACAUGAAUGUUUCACAUCAGCAAAAUCAGAACAGAACUGUGAAAAGAACAGCAAUAUCAGAUUGAUCUGUACAGGGCCUGAGGACCUGAGGCUGGUGAAUGGAAGCAGUCCUUGUUCUGGGAGAGUGGAGGUGUAUCGCUGGGGAGAGUGGGGGACUAUAGCCCAGUAUGACUGGGACCUUGAUGAUGCAUCAGUGGUGUGUAGACAGCUGGGCUGUGGGACUGCUGUAUUAGCACCUAUAAGAGCUCACUUUGGAGAAGGUUCUGGAAGGGUGUUGCUGAGAGAUGUUUCCUGCAGUGGGUCAGAGUCUGCACUGAGGGAGUGCAGAUCACUGGAUUUCCAUGGAGAGGAUGCGGGAGUCAUCUGCUCUGGUUCAACCCCUUCUUCCUCUGUUGGGGGUGUCAGGCUGCUGUCUGGAGGGAGUGACUGUGAGGGCUGGGUGGAGGUUUACUACAACCAGACCUGGCAGAAGGUUCACCAAGAGUCCUGGAGUUCCAUGGAUGCAUCUGUGGUCUGCAGACAGCUGGGCUGUGGCUCUGCCACAAAUAUCUACAGGUCAUACCUGUCAAGGACAGGGGACAGUGACAAGUGUGUGACAGGCUUUCACUGCUCAGGAACUGAGUCUCACCUGGGGAAAUGCAGACCUCCACAUGUCCUCAACUGCCGCCCCAGUGACCAGGUGUCCAUGGUCUGCUCCAAUCACAGGUCCCUCAGGCUGGUGGGGGAAGGCAGUGACUGUGCAGGGAGGCUGGAGGUCUUCCACAGGGGCUCUUGGGGGACUGUGUGCCAUGAGUCCUGGGGUCUGCCCGAGGCUCAGGUGGUGUGCAGGCAGCUCCGUUGUGGGACAGCCCUCAGUGGGCAGAUCCCUGUACCCACUUACUUUGGCCCAGGGACGGGACCCAUCUGGCUAAGCAAGCUGGGCUGUGGGGGGAACGAGUCGUCCCUGUGGGACUGUCCCUCAGUGGAGUGGGGGAGGAAGGACUGUGGGCACAAGCAGGAUGUGGGUGUUGUGUGUUCAGAGCACAAGGUGCUGCGAUUGUCUGAAGGAUGUUCUGGGCACACAGAGGUCUAUUACAAUGGCAGCUGGGGAAGUGUGUGCUUUGAUGGUCUGGAACAACCAACAGUUGCAGUCAUUUGUCACCAGUUGGGCUGUGGAGACAAGGGGACAGUCACUUACACAAUGUCCAGGCUUCAUCCUGACCUCAAUGGGCUGGACUUUGGAAAAUGUCGAUCCCAUGACACAUCACUCUGGCAGUGUCCAUCAUCCUCCAAAGGGCCAAAUGGCUGCUCAGAAGCUGCCAGAACAAGCUGCUCAGAUUCUGAAAAACCAAAAUCUCCUCCAGACUUCAUGCACUGCCAAGCUUCUUCUGAUCAGACUCUGUGUAACAACCACCCGCCCCUGAGACUGACAGAGGGUGCAGACACUUGCUCUGGGAGGGUGGAGGUGUAUCACAGCGGCUCCUGGGGAACCGUGUGUGGCGACUCCUGGGACGUGCGUGACGCCAUGGUGGUGUGCAGGCAGUUGGGCUGUGGGCCGGCUCUUAGGGCAGAAUGGGCCGGACGGUUCGGGAGGGGUGACGGCGCCAUCUGGCUGGAUGAGGUGAACUGCAAGGGCAGUGAACUGCACCUAUGGCACUGCUCUUACUCACUGAAGCAGAGUGACUGCUCACACAGGCAGGAUGCAGGGGUCACCUGUGCAGGUGUUACAGAAAUCAUUCCAGAUGUCACUGGACCUCCCACUGUCACUCAGUUUAAACCAAGCCAGUCUGACCCAACAGUGUCCUCAGUGGUUAUUGGCCUUCUGGUCUCAGUACUUCUGCUGCUGCAGUUUAGGCUGCUGUACAGGAACUGGGUCCUGAGAAGAGAACUAAACAGAAAUAAACAGCUGUCUCCAGCCAUUUAUGAGGAAAUAGAUUACAGGUUUACCAAAAGGAUAAAAGAUGCCAGUCAGAAAGGGAGUGACCUUCCAGAUGAGCUGCCCUCAGGGUAUGAAGAUGUGGGGGAAGCGGAAGGAGGGAAUCUCUUCAGUAAUGAUGAGAAGACUGCCACUGGAUAUGACCCAGAAAACCAUGUCGACCUUAUUUGCGAGAAAGAGAAUCCAGAAAAUUUGAAAGGUACACUGGAGUACUACAAUGACACCCCCACAGAUCAGACACAUGACUAUGAUGAUGUCGCAGUCAGCCAGAGCAGUGACUACAAUAUUGUCUCUGUGAAACAUCACCCAGCCUCUCAGCCAGAUCUCCACCACAGUAACCCUAUCGGACACAAGACCAAGCUGUCGUCCACUAAAGAAGGGAGGCUGCCUAAUGCUGACAUCAUUGACUAUGGCGAUGUGGAGGAGGGGCUUCUGUGACUAUUUGAAAUGGCCUUUUUUUGUAAUCAUUAUGCAACAUGAAAAUGCAUAAUUGUUAUAGUUAUCUUUCUGCUUAUUCAACUACUUUUUAAACAAUGUUGACUUUUGCAUAUAUUUUUAGAAUUGAAUAUUUUUCAAUAAUUCAAAAUAAUUUCUGUUAUGUUUUUGAGUUGGUAAUUUUUUUUCCUAUUAACAGCUUGGUUAUCGACAUGCUUAAAUCUAUGUUAAACAGUUGUAGUAUAAAGGGUAUAAGGUAUUCAUGCUCUGAAUAGUCUGUUAGCUACUUAUGAUUCAGAUAAAUAAACCAUCACAUAACAAACAGAAGUCUUCCUUCCUGAACCUUUAACAAUUAUAGACUUACUAAAUACAGGUGUAUCUCUGAAAAUGGCAGAAUUUGAAAGCAAAGGUGUUGCACUGCAGAGAGGAGUUGGAAUUAGGAGAUAGUUGAUUGUAGCUCCCAGUAGCUGAGUGAAGGAAAUAUCAUAGUGAGGUAAGACCUCAGGCUGAUGGAGGAAAUGUACAGAGUAGGGGUGGAGAGGACAGAUGUUUCUUAACAGUACAAUGAA